CCCCGACAGCCCUCGGCCGGCUCAGGGCGCUGCAAGCCCCGGUCCCCGGGGCAGCUCUGCGGGUGCUCCCGCGCCCCCGCGCCCCGCACCAGCGCCGGAGCGGCGGGAGGUGGAGUCCCCGGGGCGUUGCGCCGCCAUUGGGUCCCGCGGCGGCCCGCCCACUGCUUGCGAGCCUAUCAGGGCGCGUCCCGCCCCGCCCGCUGCGCACAGGCGCGGCCCCCGCGAGCCCGCCGGCCCUCAGCUACGCGUCAGCCAGACCAGGCCCCCGAGGGCUCCCGGGCUUCUCCGCGCGGGCCGGGCCCUGCUCACCACGCUCGCCGUGCCUCUUCGGGCGGACCCAGCGCCGGCCAUGGCGUCCCCGGCGGCGGCCGGCCAGGUGGUGAUCGUUGGCAGUGGACUCAUUGGGCGAAGCUGGGCUAUGUUGUUUGCCAGUGGAGGCUUCAAGGUGAAACUCUAUGACAUUGAGCAGCAGCAGGUAACAGACGCCUUGGAGAACAUCGGAAAAGAGAUGAAAUUGCUGGAGCAAUCCGGUUACCUGAAAGGCUCCUUGGGGGCUGAAGAGCAGCUGUCACUCAUCAGUGCUUGUUGGAAUAUCCAAGAAGCAGUAGAGGGCGCUGUGCACAUUCAGGAAUGUGUUCCAGAAAACCUAGAACUGAAGAAGAAGAUUUUUGCUCAGUUAGAUCAAAUCAUCGAUGAUAAAGUUGUCUUAAGCAGCUCCAGCUCUUGUCUCCUACCUUCCAAGUUGUUUGCUGGUCUGGCGCAUGUAAAGCAAUGCAUUGUGGCCCAUCCUGUGAAUCCGCCAUAUUUCGUCCCAUUGGUCGAGCUGGUCCCACACCCGGAGACGGCCCCCACGACGGUGGCCAGAACCCAUGCACUGAUGCAGAAGAUCGGACAGUCCCCAGUCAGAGUCCUGAAGGAAGUGGACGGCUUUGCCCUGAAUCGCCUCCAGUACGCGGUCAUCAGUGAGGCCUGGAGGCUGGUGGAGGAAGGAGUGGUGUCUCCAAGUGACCUUGACCUUGUCAUGUCAGAUGGCCUGGGCAUGCGGUACGCCUUCAUCGGACCUCUAGAAACUAUGCAUCUCAAUGCAGAAGGAAUGUUAAGCUACUGUGACAGAUAUGGCGAAGGCAUGAAACGUGUCCUGAAGACCUUUGGACCAAUUCCAGAGUUUGCUGGGGCCACAGUUGAAAAAGUGAACCAGGCCAUGUGUGUGAAAGUUCCUGAUGACCCAGAGCACUUAGCUGCCAGAAGGAAGUGGAGAGACGAAUGCCUCAUGAGACUGGCCACACUGAAAAGCCAGAUGCAGUCCCAGUGAAGCUUCUGUGAUCACUCCCUCUGGAAAUCCCACAGGGUGAAAUUACAAGUAGUUAAUCAAGUUGCUCUGUAACAGUGGUAAGUCGCAGCAGUGCAUAGCAUGCAGAUUCUGAGCUUGCUCUCCCCCAGGUCUCCGGCAUGCGCCCCGGAGGCCAAGGAUCUCCCCCACCUCUGGUCCUGCCCUCGACUCUGUGUGGUAACAGCACCUGGGUUCUGAGGGCUGUUGAUUACCUGCCCCCCUGGGCAAGCAGGAGAACAAACUGUCUUUUUAGUGUGAUUACGUGUGGACAAUGAUUGUAGUCUGAAGAGCCAAUGAUUAUAGUUUCAAGCUAUUUUACUCCAUUGCAGAAUAUUUUUAUAAUUAUUUUCCAGUCCCUGCAUUUAUGAGGCAACUGCCUUCAUUUUGUCAAUGCUUAUUCUGAAUAAAAGUUUUGAUUCCAUAA